CACUACCCCUAAAGCUCCAGAAAUUUGGGGAUGGAAUGAAUCCAAUUCAUUGACAGCUGAAGAUAAUAGGAUUGACUGAACAAUACAGAGUUUCAGAGGGACUUUUCCUUCCCAAGCAGGAUGUUAGAACAUUUCCUAUCCAAAUGUGCUGAAGAUGCAGAGCAUCAUGAUGCCCAAAUUCAUUUGCUGUGCUCACUACAAGCUUCUCUAGGGUCCCCCCAUCAGUGUGACCCAGCAACUGUAGCCUCCACCCUGGAUGUGCAUGAGGUCUGUGCAAACUCCUUGGCAGCCUGAAUUAGCACAGAGCACCAAGCCCCCUGUAGCUAUUCCUUCUCACACAAUGCCUGCCUAAUAAUAGUGCUCGGUAGCAUCGCUUUGGAUUAAAUCACAGGAUCAGCUGAAAGCACAAUCCCCUUCAUUGUGAGGGCUGUCAUCCGCUGGAGGAACGCAUCUGCUGCAGAGCACAGGACUGCCAUUGAUGACAUCUUUUGUGGCAUGAAAAAAGGUCCUCGUUCUACUUCUGGCUUGGUUGAAAGCAAAUCCACAUAAAACGCAGGCAUCUCACAACAAAUAGAUGGAUUACAUUUCAGAGAGGGUCACACGUGUGUGCAGUGUACACCCAUCUCCUGGUCCACAGCCUCUCCAAGGUCAGCUGCUCGCUGCUGUAUUUCAAAAUAGCAGCACCUGACAUGGGCAGAUGGCCAGACCCCUCUUCAGUAAUAAGACAUUUACUCCUGAGCAGCCUCAGCCUGACAUUUAUUGAGUACCCAGCAAGGAGAAGAAGAAAACAUGGCAAUGCGUUUCUCCAUUCCCUUCCAUCUCUGACGUCGCUGUAUUCCCUAUUGCAAGCACCUUACCUGUCCUCUUCUGCGUAGGCCAUCCUCCUCCUGCUCAGCCCAAGAAGGGGACAGCUGCUGAAGUGAAGCCACAGCUUUUUUAGCCAGCCCAGGAGCAGAACCCAAGAGCAGGUAGGUGCCCACAGAGCUGCCGCCAGCCCCAGCUGGGCUCUGCUGUCUCUAAUCCCUGGAGAGCAGGGGCACGUCGGGACAGCAGCUUUUCUGGUCUCACUCCAUGACAAGCCAGCUCCAGAGCUCGGCGGAAAGCCCCACACAUGCAGAUGGAGCCUAUGGAAAGUUCACGUGUGACUUUUUUCAGCAACCUCCCAGAGCAGCUGACAGCAAAGCUGCAUCAACGCGCACGCGCUUACGUCAACCUGCAGAGUCUGCAGGUCAACCCGUGCCACCCAGCACUGCAACGAGAUGCUUCCACGACCUCACGUUAUCUUCCCAUUCAUUCAUGCUUGUCCUGCUAGCUCCCUGCAGUUCUCCAUUCAUUUAACUGCUACACUCACCUCAAAAGGAAAUACAACCUCCAGUCACAGAAUCACAGAAAUGUAGGGGUUGGAAGGGAUCUCUACACAUCAUUCAGUCCAACCCCCAUUCUAAACCUGAAUGAUUACAUUAAGGGAGACACGGGAAACAAAACAGAGCCCCAUGAUACACCUUUGCAGUUUCCAAAGAUGCGCCCAAGACAACCGAGAGCCAAAAAAAAUACAAGAUGUUGGUGAUAAAUAGAGAUGGUACAUCCAGAAGGGCCACAUGGGACUAAGGUUUAUAAAUAUUCAAAGUAAGGAGAGAGCCUUGAUCAGAGCUUGUAAACUCCAAGGCAAAUUGGCCUGACAUGAAAUCUCACAGUAUUUUGUAGCACUUCCAUCCACCUUCGCUUGUUGGCCUCAAAGACCACACAUCAAAUGCAUCACUUUCCCAGUAAGGAGCCUGAUAAAGAUGGCUUUUCCCCACACAAAACCCAGCAGGCUGAGAGCAGAGAUGAUUUUGGGCAGCACUGCACCAAAGAGGCCCCGAAACAACUCACCAAGCAGAAUGGUGAGCUCAUGUGCCCUGGUCACUGCCACCUGCCUGAAGUCCUGGGGCCACCUCUCUCUGCCCUUUGUGCCCUCUCCAGGCCAUGCUCCUCUCACUGACACUCAGCACAUCCCUGAAGGCCAUUAUCUCUUCCUACUAAACUAACAAGUAGAGCAAAGCUGGGCCCUUAGCAUUCAUUUUCCAUACAGUUCUUCAGUAUCAGAGUUCCGAUGCCCCCUAGAUAUGUUCCCUUGUUUAGCCUUAAUCUGAUUACAUUCAUUAAUCUGAUCUUUUUGCAAAGCAGACAAGAGAUCAGACAGCCCAAGAGCUUUUCCCAAUUUGUUCUUGUCUAGGACAUCUCUUCCCUAGUUCAGAUUUACAUGGAAAACAGGAUUACCAGACAGGACCAUUUUAUCUGUCUCUCUGCAGCACCUGUUAUUUAACAAAAAUUACUGAGGUUUACGUUGCGAUGGUGCACGGACUGGACAACUACAAGAUAAAGGCUCACCCUACUAGAAAGAAUUAAUUUCAGCAUUGAGGGCAUUAAUUCCAGUAACACUCCAAAAAGGAAAAAAAAACUAAUUAAGCUUCUGCUCCUAUACAAAUACGCCAAAGAAGAUCCAUCUAAAGUUGGUGAAUAGCUUGCAUAAUUCUUAAGAAAGAGUAUUUAAAGUCUUGUGUGCUGAAUCUCAGCCCUCUGUCACUCUAUGUGUGUGUCUACAGAAAAUUAUAUCUACAAUCCAGAUCUGAUUGACUUGGGUGCCAUUCAAGCCUCGUUUCUGCAGGCAGAGCUUCCACAGCUCUGGGAUGCAGAUACAAUCACCUGAAAUAACUUCCUAACAACGCUGUGCCUUCCUGCAGCAAAUUUCUAUCUAAAGAAGUGUUGUGAAGUGUUUUUGCAAGUGUUUCAUCAAAACACUUAAUUAAUGCUUUAGGGUACGUCUCCCACUUCCCCGCGCUAUCGCAGCAUCGCAUUAUCACGCAGUCUUCUCACGUGUGCUGCACAUCGUGCUUCUGGGAAAGGCUGCACAGCCUGCAAGCUCAGCUCAAGAAUUAGUAAGCAUACUCCAAGAACUAACCAGGAUUUCCACAGUAAUUUGUCAACUCAUUGCUUAGGAAAGUCAUUUGUUUGUAUGCUUGGCUAUCCCAGACAGCCAGAAGGAAGGUAAAUGCAAGCAAAUUAUUUAUCAGGAAAGUUAUUCCCCUCGAGGUGUCUUUAAUAUCUUGGAAGAUCCGAAACAACACAUGUGCUCCUAUUGUAUACCUAUAGGAAGGAGACUACAGCAACUGAUUACAGGAAAGGGGUGGCCAGGGGUACAGGGAACAAGGAGCUAACAGAGCUCGUCACAGUUAGCUGAGCAAAAUGCAAACUGAGCAAUGCUCUGAUGGCAGUCUGAGAAUGUUACCAUGGAGGCAGGGGAGAGAAACUUCAGACAAGCACCACAGCACAGGGGAGACACGUGUGCAAUUGAGCUAGGCACUAGGGAAAAAAAAGCUUCUAGCUAUCCAAAGCAUGAGACUCCAAGCAGCCCCACUGCAAGGGCAGUGGGGGUAGAGACAGAAUUGUUUAGGUUGGAAAGGACCACUAAAAUAAUCUAGUCUAAUUGUCAACACAUCCCACUGUGCACACUAAGCCACGUCCCUCAGGUAGGGUCACGUAAAGGGUUGCACAAGGAGCAAUGCAGGCACACCGUUCACAAACGAUGCUAGCUCUAAAAAGUCAGCUCUUCUUCUUUUUGGAAUUUAAUAAAAUUUAGAGCUUGUCCAAAUCUGUGAAUAAAGUUCUUAUCCUGGCAUCACAAUCAGCUGUUGGCUCUGGGCAUGCUUCUCAAUGUCAAGAAAAUGACUUCUCCAUUGGUAAAACAAGGACACUUUUUACUUACAUCGUAACAGCAGUCUGACCACAACUCCUUUGGCAAAGGAAGCAAAAUGCAAACCUGCCUGACUUCAGACUACAAAUCAGAAGAAGAGCCUUUAUAGACCUAUCAUCAAAGUCGUAAGAAAGCACUGUGCUAAGGACAACCAGCCUUUUCAGCUAGCAUGCACAUGGUUCCAGGCAGGUCAACACCGUGAGCCUUAUGUCCCAUCUGGGUGGCUGCUUCCACUCAGCAGUGACUUUGGUAUCACCCAGCAGAGCUGUCAUGGCUAACACCAGUGUGAAAGUCACAGCUGAGCACAUCCAAAGCCUCCAUUGUGGCUGCACUUCUGCAAAAGAGAUAAAGGCCAUUAUUUACCAGCCUCCAAGAAAGCUACAUUGCCUCCCCAAAUGGUGAGCACCUUGCAUCCUCACAUACAAAGUGACAGCAAAACACAUGGAACACCUUGCUCUACAAAUACAUAUCCUGGGUAUGACUUGGUAGCUCUGCAGAUGUGGGGUUGAACCAGAAUGAAAGUACUGAGUUCCCAUGUGGAGUUUCUGACAGAAGAAAACUUUGAGUAGUAAAAGAGAAAUAUCUAUCUGAAUUUCUGCCUUAACUUAAAGGAAUAUAAUAGUACAUACGAAAAAAAUUAAGACUGAGUUCACAGUAAAGUUGAGUUUACAGUGAGUUGUAUUACUCACAACAGAACUAACAGUUUAGUUACAGACUCGGAAAAAAGCAACAUAUUUAUCUUAUUCAUGUUAUUCACCUGUACUGCUUUUAGCUAGGAUCCUGAUAACAUUGUAUGCUUGGGAAAUUCCCCUCAGUCCAACAGAUCGUGGUACAGAUGUGUUACAAGUGCCAGUAAAACCCAGCAAAACAGGGCAGAAGAGGGAGAAGUUCCCCUUCCACACCAUUUCCCUUUAUGCACAGAAUUGUACUCAUUCUCUUUCUGGUAUUUUCAAAACACAAGUCAAUACUGUGUGGGAAAAAAAAAAUUAAACAUCCAAAGUAAUGUCAACUCAAAAGUGAUGUAAGUAACUUACUAUACACUAAACCACUACAACUCUAGCAUGAAGGAAUAGCAAAAAGGAAUAUCAGAAUAUUACAGCAUUACUGCACUCACAUCAGAGAAAAAGCAAGAGUAAAAACAUAACCAAUCUGUAGAUCUUAAUUAGAAACACGAAGAAGAAAGAAAAAAGGAAACAAAGCACUAUAGCAUGCCUGCCAUGGUCUCAACAGCACUAAGCUCUCACCAAUUAAGGGAAGCAGAAAAUUUAAGCAAUGUUGUUACUGCCAAAGCAUUCUCUACGCAGCAGAACGUAAACAACUACAACAGGCCCUAAAGACCCUCCCCUACCACUGUUCUGCUUCAACCUGCUUCUGUUUUCCCCUUUUUAAGUACCCAGAUAUGCUGGAGAGUGAUUUUCAGCCAGUCACAGGGAGAAGAGGCACUGCAUCUGUGCACAUAAACCUUCCAUCCACAGCUGAUGCUCCUUGUUACAUAAAGACCCUUCUCAAAAAGGUAGAAAAUAGCAUAUUUUUGUUACGUAGCAUUUACCACGUUGGUUUUAUCUUUAUGCAUUAACUCUAUCUUAGGAAUAAAUUCCUUUCUUUCUAGGGACUUGAGAGUGAAAAAUUAAGCUGUGCAUUUGUGUUUAUGAGCUGUAUGUAUAUUUUUAAUACAUACACUCACUGCUCUAUUUUUCAGCAGCGUUCCUUUGCUUUAGAAACCAACUAGCUCUAAAGGAACGAGGGAGGUUACAUAUUUCAUUGUGACUUUAACUUGUCAUUUCUCUGAUUGCAGUGCUCUUAGUGUAUCAUUUCUCUUUUAGUGUAUCAUUAACCCACAUAUUACAGCUAUAUCCCCAACAAAAAUGUGUUAUUUAUUGACUGGUUACUUUGCUCCUAAAAAAACUUCCUGUGGUUACACAAACUUUAGAAUCCUUUGUACUCAUAGCACAGUCUUUCUGUGGUAAAGUGUAUUCUGGAUUAGGGGUAUCCCACUUUAUCAAUGAGAAAUACAUGAAAGCGGAGCAAGCUUAACAGCAAAGUGAAAGAAUUUUUUGCUAACUCAUGCUGUGCCACUGUCUGUUUGAGUCCAAAACAAACAGUAAGUGCUGCACUCCCUAACCUGUGUGUAGCAAAGCCCCCACUAUUUAAAACACUGGGAGAAGCACUCAGCACCUGAGCUGCAUAAGUUUGAUAAACGCUUAUCACUUCCUCCUAUAACGAGAUACCCUUUGGGUCUGUGUUACAGCAGGGAGGUGGCUCUUCCCCUAAAGAAACGAGCUGCGAGUGCGGCUUUCUACUCGAAAGCCUGCAGCUGCUGCCCGUGCCCGACUCUGCCUCCCAUACCUCGCUGAGGAUAAAACAGAGAGAGAAAGGAGCGGCUCGGCUCGACUGCGGGGCUGGGCGCUGGAGAGAGAGGGGCGGUGCGGUGCUCGCAGCCCGCCCCGCCGCCGGGCCUGCCUGCCUUCCCGCUGCGCCGCCGGGAUCGUCAGUCAGUCCAAGAAUGAGCACAUGUAAGAAGCUUUACGUUGACCAGACUACAAAUCUUGAAAAGUUCGACCCUGAAAUUCUUUCUGAAAUUGAGAAGCUCUUUGCAAAGAAGUUUUCUUACACUAAGCCACUUAAUAAUGAAUGGCAGCUCCCAGAUCCCAGUGAUGCCUUCACGUGUGACCACAAGGAAUUCAACUCGCUGCUUGAUCUGAAGAACUCGAUGAAUGAAGUGAAGAAUCAGCUUAGUGAUAAGAAUCUUAUUGAAUGGCAUCAGCACACUUCGUUUACCAAUAAAGCAGGAAAAAUAAUUCCUCAUGUGAAGAAAUCUGUGAAUGCUGAGCUGUGCACCCAGGCCUGGUGCAAGUUUCAUGAGAUGCUGUGCAGUUUUCCUCUUCUCCCUGCAGAAGCUCUUCAGGAGGGACAGCUGAAUUCUGUUCACCUCUGUGAAGCACCGGGAGCUUUUAUAGCCAGCCUCAAUCACUACUUGAAAUCCCACCACAUCCACUGUGACUGGAAUUGGGUGGCUAAUACUCUAAAUCCAUAUCAUGAAGCAAAUGAUACCCUUAUGAUGAUUAUGGAUGACCGUCUCAUAGCAAAUACUCUGCCUUGGUGGCACUUUGGCCCAGACAAUACCGGCGAUGUGAUGUCAUUGAAACAUCUGACAGGACUUCAGAACUUUAUAAGUAAUAUGGCCACAGUUCACUUAGUAACUGCUGAUGGCAGUUUUGAUUGCCAAGGAAAUCCAGGUGAACAGGAAGCCCUUGUCUCCCCCCUCCAUUAUUGCGAAACAGUCACUGCUUUAAUGAUCCUGGGCGCCGGAGGGUCCUUUGUUUUGAAGAUGUUUACCCUGUUUGAGCACUGUUCUACCAAUCUUCUCUUCCUGCUAAACUGCUGUUUUGAGGAGGUCCAUGUCUUUAAGCCAGCCACUAGCAAAGCUGGAAACUCAGAGGCCUAUGUAAUUUGUCUUCGUUACAUGGGCAGAGAGAGCAUUCAUCUGCUGCUUUCUAAGAUGAUGCAGAACUUUGGGACAGAUAUGAUCAACAAAGCUCUUUUCCCCCAGCAUCUGAUCCCAGAAUCUUUUCUUAAAAUGCAUGAAGAAUGUUGUGUGUUCUUCCACAGGUGCCAGGUAGAGACUAUCUGUGAAAACAUCUCUCUCUUUGAGCACAUGGAAGAAGCAGAGCAGACAAAACUGAACAAGUUAAGAGAUUGUGCAGUAGAGUUCUUCAUGCAAAGAUUUUGUAUGAAACCCAUUGCUAGAAGUAACUGGCUUGUCAAGAAAUCUCAGACUGGUUGCAGCAUGAAUGCAAAAUGGUUUGGGCAAAGGAACAAAUAUUUUAGUACGUACAAUGAAAGAAAAAUGCUGGAAACCCUUACAUGGAAUGAUAAAGUGGCAAAGGGCUAUUUAAAUCAUGUUGCUGAAGAACACAGCUUAAAUAAUGCUGGUAAAAUGUGCAUUUUAGAAGGAUUGUCUUCUAACCUUAAGUGUAACUUGUGGUACAUUUUGGAAGGAAAGAGGCUACCAGCAGUAAAAUGUUCACCAUUUUGUGAUGGCCAAGUCUUGGAAAAUCUUAACGAAGCUAUGAAUGAACUGGUGGGGAGGCCAAAAACCAAACAGCUGCUGCAGCUUUGUCACUCCUGUGAGGUACUUUCUGGGGAGCAGAUAUUGGCAGAAGUGUCUGAGCUUUACCAGUCUUAUCAGGAGAUCCUGAAUGGAAGACGUGGGGACAGAUUCAAGUGCCUUGUGGUGGAUUUCCCAUCCCUUUAUGAUACUGAAAGCCAGCCCGGUAUGGAAAUAAAGUGCCUAGACUCGGCCACGCUGCUGACUUUUAGCUUCUCUUUGCUUUAUGAUGGAGAACCAAAAUACCAACAGCAGCUUUUGGAGUGUGUUCUGCAUUCCCUGAAUCAGCUUACAAUGGGAGAUGCACUGAUUCUGCCUAUUCUUUCUUGUUUUACACGUUUCACAGCUGGCCUGGUGUUUGUACUGCACUGCUGUUUCAGAUGCAUCACAUUUGCUUGUCCGAUGUCCCACGAGCCACUAAAGACCUGCACUGUUUUGCUGUGUGUUGGUUACCAGGGUGUUCCAAAUCCAGUUAUUGAGUACCUGCAACAUCUGCAUAAGCUAAUGAGUUCUUUGCUAGACUCGGAUUCUCCCAAGCAAGUUUUGCAGUUUGUGCCAAUGGAGAGUCUCCUCCAGGGCAAACUGUUGGAGUUCUUGUGGGAUUUGAACACAGCCAUUGCAAAGAGACAGCUCCACUUGCUUGUGCAAGCUAAGCAACAGCAAAUGACUGGCAGUAUUUCACUAUAAAAUAACCCUAAAAUUGAGCAAGUUGCUGCUAUGCCUUGUUUCUCAGGCAGGUAGAAGUUAAAAAUGUUGAUGUGAAGGUAACGUCAGUGCCAUGCCUAAGUUUUACAGUCACAGCAUUGGGAGGAUGUUUUGAGCUAUCAAAACCUUGGCUUAAUCUCAGGUAUGGGGACUUGGGGCAGUGAUUGAACUGGACAAACUGUUUCUUCUGUCACAGUUAUCUGUUCAAAUUUCCUAGUGUACCACCUGGAUCAGUGAUGUGGCCUUUGUGAUGAAAGGUGGUGUGGUGCCUUACCUGUUUAUUCCGGUCUGACUGUGGUGGGCUUUGUUUUGUGACAUUAUCUUUCUUUUGCUGAGCUAAAUGUGGGAGUUCUGACACUGCUGCUUUUCUUACGGGAUUUGUGGAAGCCAAAAAUUGAUGUUGGGGCCAGAAUGCCCAGCAGGAUGCAAGCCUGGUAUGCAACUUGAAGGAUGAGUGUCUUGUGAGUUGGCACCUGGCUUGCAGGGGCUGGGUUGAAAACAAAUGCCUUUAAACAGUAGCAGAGGUGUCCAGGAAAAGACUCUCUUUAACUUGAAAUGUGAACGCGAGGACCAUGCUGUAUGGCCUAGGACAGGUGAUUGUGUGGCUUCAUCUCCCUGUCCCAUCAAUGGAUGGAGUAUUUUAACUUUUUUUUAUGGGCACCUCCUUAAUCUGAUUUGGGACUCGUUGAUUGAAGUGCUAUUAAGGAGGAACUGGAAAUGUUUUUCAGGCUAAAAGUGCGGUCACGCAGGGCUCUGUGUUCUAAGAAAUGCUUUGGAGGAGUGCUAAGCUGAAGAAAUGUGAUACUUUCCUUGGGUUAAGAUUUCAUUUGGUUCUCCUUAGAGAUAAAAAUGAUGAAAUUGCUGACUGACUGCUCCUUUAAGGGAGUCAAAUUUUAUUUUUCAUAUUGCUCCUUUGAGAGCUGAAUUUUGAAGCCUAACUCGUAUAUUAACAUUUAGUUUUAAGUUUGUAGUUUACAUGGGAAAACUUGCUUGGAGGGAGAAAUGAUGUUUGGAAGGGAAAAUGAUUUACUACAGAUAUGUGCAGGAUCUCUUAGAAGAAAGUCAGAAAUGUGGAGCCAGAAGGAAAAUAGUCUCCUGAUUAAUUACCAGUCACCUUCUGGAAGCACUUCUAAUUAUGUAAUAAAUAUAGGAGCUUGAAGGAUAAUUGAUUACUGCUAAGGAUUAAAAGCGCUGCUGAAAAACUGUUUUGUCUGGAGGUGCUGCACAUUUAAUAAGCUUUUUUGCCACGUUGAUUGGGGCAGAAUUUCAUGCAUUUAACAGUUCAUUUUUUAUUUAAGGAUUUGAUAGGUGAAUGAGUUGGUGGCUUAGGUCUGACUAACUGAUAGCAUUUUCUAAAAGUCGUGUUUUUUACAGCUGCAUGUAGGUAGAAGCAGAGGAGCCUUGCUAACAAAAGCUUCGGGGGUUGGUCAUUGUCCCCUUUCAUUUAUUUAAAUGAGCUUGCUCUGUCAUGAGCUGAGUCAUGCUUCCUCCCUCGGACCAGGAUUCGGGAUUUCUUUUAAAAAAAGAAAUACUGAAAAUGAGAGGAAAAAAAAAAGCAGGAAAGGAUUAUUGUAGAAGAAUGACUGACAAGAUGGGUUCAAAGACCACCUGUAACAGUCUCCUUUACCUGAGGCAAAGCAGAAUAAAGGUAUUGUCCACUGAAGACACCUUUGUGUCUGCUGCUGUUUCAGAGGUGAUCUAUGCAUCUGAAGCUUGCAGUGAGCUGAAGCAUACGAAGAGGCUUCUCUUAAAGCAGGGGCAAAUGAGAUUUUGAGUGCAGGGUGUUCUUGCAUUGUGGUAUGAGCUCUGGAGGCUCAGGUAGCAGAAGCAUCCCAACCAGCAGAUGAAUAAUGUGAGGUUUUUCUCCUAACGUCAGUCUGAUUUCUUUGAAUUCCUAUUGUAAAGUAAAAUCUGAGCAUCACUCAGGAUGUGGUUUUUCAAACUUGAGCUUUCAAGCUUUCCUUGGUCUGGUUUGCACAUCCGGCAAACCAUGCAGACUUCUUGGAGAUUUCUCCAAUCUCACCUUUCCUCACAGUGUUCUGCUUCCCUUUCUUCCUUAGCUUUUAAGACAAAGCAUUUUGAAUAGCCACAGAAUAGGAAGCCAGAUCCCCCAAAACAUAGGAACUCCAAUGUCUCAUACAUCCUGGUGCCCCAUUUGCUCUGGACCUGUUCUGUUAGCAGCUGUCAGAAGGUGAUGGAACAAAUCCUUUGGCAGCAGCUGCUCCUUCUGUUACGGAGAAUAUCUGAUUUGGAAACACUUCUUUUGUUGUUGUUGUCUCAAUGGCAGCAGUUUCAAAGUUAGGAAUGACGCUUGUCUCUUUAAUUGUGAGAGUCCUGCAUUGUCCUGGCUGUCUCUAGACCAAGAAUUUCUUUGAGAAGUGACACUUAAUUUCACUUGUGACUUUUGGAAUAUGUAAGAAUGCAUGGGAAGAAUGCAUUAACCUUUGCAGAGAGGGGCUGAUGGCUCCUGAGUUGGUCAGUGCUGUCAGUCCCUUUGGCUGAUUGGGUUUUGGGUGAUGGCUGAUGAAGUGUCUCAAUGUCCUGGCUGUCUUUAUGUUGGCCUCUUUCUUUUUUUUUUUCUUUGACCUGUUUGAAGAUGAACUGGUUGUCAGCUCUCUUUUGUAGGAGCCAUGAUAUUCAUGCAGGAAGGAUGGUGGAGGGAAAAACAUAGAUUGGUAGAUAAAUAGAACAUAGAUUUAAUCAAGGUGCAUAAAAACUUGAAGUAAAAUUAGUUCUGCAGCUCUGCUACUGCAUGUUUCCAAUGGAGGACCAAUAUCUAUGUCCAGUGAUCAGCUGCAAGCACCAUGGUUUUCUUCUGAAAGUCUGGAGCUUCUGUUUUAAGCUAGCAUAGUAGCUGCAUGGAGUUUGAAUGGAUUGGAUACCUCACCAACCGAAUGUGUUGGUUUUCCUUUUUUUAGUUGAGUUGCAUUGAGACUUGCCAGUUAUUUUCACUGAUCUUAUGUGGAUUUAUUUGGAUGUGUGCAGAUUGUGUGUUUUUGCCACUGGCUUUUCAAUUUAAUUUCUGCGAAACAUAAUGAGAUUUAUAGUAUGAAAUCCGGUAGCUUAUUAAAAUGGUACUAAUUGGUGUCUAUUCAUCUUAAUUUAAGCUGAUCUAUUAAAUUACUAGUGGUCAAAGUAGAAUAUUUAGCAGAAUUACAGUUUAUUAAAAGCACAGCUUGGAAUUUAACAAGAAGGACUUUGUGUUCCUUAAGUAGAAAGUGGGAGAAGAAAAGAAGAAACCCCACACUUUGAUUUUGGACCCCUGCAACUGGAUGCUUUAGGAUGCAAUAAAUGAAGGUUGACCUGAAGCAAGCUGAAGCCUCAGAGCCUUACCACCUUCUGCUGCUGUUCCUAAAACCCAUCUUUUGACAUCUGUUUAAUUUACAGGUGAUUUUCAGCUCGUUAAUUCUUAAUGGUGAAGUGGAGGAAGUCCUACCUUAAUUUGUCUUACCGUUUUGGGUGGUGUGAAAUGCUUUUGUUUAUCGGCUUUAAACAAGAGCCUCCAUCUCAGCUGCAGCCUUUGAAUAUCUAUCUCUUGUUUUUUAGCACUUUGAAGGCAAGGAGAUUAAAAUUUCCUCCCAGAAGCCUGGUAAUGGUUUCUCCAUCUCAUUCUUGAAACCGUUUUCGUGAAUGCCAUACGGAUAUCCCAGCUCCAGUUGUUUGUGUUGCAUUCACCUGACAAAGAUCAAGCGUGGCUGUUUAUGCUGGCGAUGCAUUCAGCCUGUGGCUGCUCAUUUCUUACUCCUCAGGGAAUAAUUUGGAUUGCCAUUGAGCCCUCCUGUGCCACUUGUAGGGGUCCGGAGCUGAAUGCAAGUCUGAACAAUGGAAUUUGCUGAAAGAAUUAGCUGGUGGCUGUAGGGACUUAAACAAGCAGAACCUUUAUGAGGCAUUUAAAUGCAGGGCAUUUUCCCACCAGCAAGGAGAGGCCUUUCCUCGCUCAAAAUUCUGUUUUAAAGAAGCUCUGAGGUGUGAGCAUCUGUACAAAUAGUUUGCCAGUUGUGUGUUGCCUUUCUUUUACGCACGCUUGUGCUUGCGUGUAUGGAAACCCCCAUGAAGAUGCUACAACAAGGAAGAUUUUUCUUUCUGUAACUCAUCGUAUGCUUUUGUUUUGAAGGGUGUGAAUGUAAAUAUUGUUUUGAUGUACAUUAUGGGAUGUUGGCUUAUGGGGCUGUUGUGUAUUUCCAUUUGGCCCGCGAAUGUGUGUUAAAAGAGCUCAUCUGAAUGGAUGGAAAACAAAAUGUGUGCAGAGAAAAUAAACUAUGUUCUGUUUUA